AUGAGAAAGCAUGAAGAUUCCGAACAUGCUGACGUUAAGCCAGAACCACAACAAUGUCUUAUCUGCAAUACAUGGUAUCGCAAUAUUGAUGGCCUUAAGACCCAUCAAAAGAAUAUGCACGUUGAUGAGGGUGCCGAACAUCGAUGUCACAUCUGUAACAAGACCUCAACAACAAAUCGUGCUCUUAAACGUCACAUAUACUUAAAUCACAUAUGUGAGAAGAAGUUCAAGUGUACCAUGUGCGAAAAGGCAUUUAAACGGAAACAGGAUUUGAAAGAACACAUAUCGGUGCACACUGGUGAAGCCCUCUACACUUGCCCCAGUUGUCCAAUGACAUUUUCGUCCAGUGCCAAUAUGUAUAAACAUCGUCAGCGUUUACACAAGGCUGAAUAUGCCGCUUGCAAGUCUCAGGCAAUGCCUCCGAAUAUUAUUAAAGCAGCUAAGUCUCUGCCCAAUACAUUGCGCACGAAACGGCGAUUUAUGCCCUCGGAAUCGAAGCAACAGUUUCUAUUAACACCGCCAGCGGUAGCCCCACCACCACCACUUCCAUCAGCAUUAAAUUCACAAUCUCAAUCGCUGUCACAGCCAGGGGGCGGCGGCGGCAGCAGCGGUCCCCCGUUACAAUUACAAAUUCCACCACCCAUUAUUACAUCUUCACAUUCACAAUCGCAAUCACAUUCACAACCCCAUUCGCCAAUGUCAUCGGAAUCAUCAACAAUGACCGCAAGAAAUACAUUUUUAAAUCCUCCUUUAUUGCCAAUAAAAUUUGAAGGUGGUUACAACCAGGGUUAUCAGCAAUUUCCACUAAAGUCCAAAUUACGACUUCAUAUGAAAAUUCAUGGUGGUGGCGUAACACGACAAGUUUGCGAUAAAUGUGGCAAAACAUUUCAAAGUAAAUACAAUCUGAGUAAACACAUUGAAAACGAACAUAUACGAGUUGCAGCAGAACCACUGCAAUGUUUGAUCUGUAAUACAUGGUAUCGUAAUCCCGAUGGCCUAAAGGCCCAUCAGAAAAAUAUGCAUUCGAAUACGGACACAGAACAUCGUUGUCACAUUUGUCAUAAAGUUUCAACGACACAUCGUGCCCUGCUGAGGCACAUUAAUUUCAAUCAUGUACGGGAGCGUAAAUUUAAGUGUACGAUGUGUGAGAAGGCAUUUAAACGUAGUCAGGAUUUGAAGGAACACAUUUCGGUGCAUACAGGCCAGCCAUUAUAUACCUGUCCCAAAUGUCCCAUGACCUUUGCCUCCAGUGCCAAUAUGUAUAAACAUUUACAACGUUCGCACAAGGAUGAAUAUGAGGCCCAAAGAAAACAAAAGAAACCGCCAAAUUUCAUAGAACAAGCUAAGGCAGGAACUGGCCUGUUAAUGGGUGGUGAAAAAUCCACGACAAAGAAGCAGCUGCAGCAGCAUAGACGUUUAGAUAAAGAAGAAGUGACUGCAACCUCAGCGGUAUCAUCAACUGUUUCAAAUGAUUUACCUCCCGCCGCCACUAUUAUUCAAACCGAUGCUAUAUUCCCCAUUAGCCGAAAACUUGAGUCACACAUGCUAACGCACAGUGAAGUCUAUAAUUCAAUAUGUGAUAUUUGUGGCAAUAAAUUCAAAACAAAAUACACUCUCAAAAAACACAUACAAUACUAUCAUACGGAUGCGGUACGCACCGACAAAGAACCGCAACAGUGUAAAAUAUGUUUCAAAUGGCUGCGCGGCAUGAAAGGCGUCAAGGCGCACAUGAAAAAUAUCCACGAAGAUCCGGGCGGUGAACAUCGUUGUAAAAUAUGCAAUCAUUUAUCGACAACGGCCAAGGGUUUGCGGGUGCAUGAGGUAUUCCGGCAUGAGCGGGAACGUAAACACAAGUGUUAUUUGUGCGAUAAGGCAUUUAAGCGUCCGCUGGAUUUGAGGGAACACAUUGCCACCCAUACUGGGGAAUCUUUGUACAAAUGUGCCGAAUGUCAUGCCACCUUUAAAUCAAAUUCAAAUUAUUAUCAUCACAUACGACGUUUCCACAAAGAAAAACCGAAAAAAGAUUUAAUGAUUAAAAUCGAAGAAAUUCAACAAAAAUGAGUUA